AUGCCCAGCGACUGGUCUUCUCAGAAGCAUGAACCUUCUCCAAUUCCAGAUGUAGGAUUGGAGCAACAUUCGGAGCGUGAGGAUGCGGAGAACAUCUUGCCCAUUGGCGUUGGCGAUUCAGCUGAAGGAGUACUGCCUGCGAGAGCAAAGCAGAUCGUUCCAGCUUUGACAAGUACACAGCAAUCACGUCACAAAGACCAUACGAGACCGCCCUUGCCCCCACGGCCGACGAAUCUAUCUCUUCUUCAAGCGGUUAAGACCAGCUCUACCAACCUGGGCAACGUGCAUAACCCGGCGACUCAGCUUCAGUCCACCGCCACUACUGCUGUCUCACACACUGACAUUCAAACUCAAGCCUACCACGAUGGGUCUCACGAUGCCUUCGCCGCCACGGCAGAGCCUAAACCUCCUUUGAAACCCCCUCAGACUUUUGGGAGCAUUAAAGGCUUCAAACGUUUUGGUGGCAGCGAAAGCGGUGACACGGCGAGCAUUAAAAGUCUAGCGCCCACAUCAGGAAGAAGUGGGGACAAUGAGAGUUUGCUAGGGGAUGUUCUUGGUACUGCUCAAGAGCAACCAGCGUGGAAGCUUUUUGGUGGAGAGAAGGAUACCCUGGAUCCGUCUGGUCUCGGAGAAGGCGAUAUCGAUGUCGAUUUCUAUCAAGAAUUCGAUGACAUACAACAUGGUGAAGAUGACAGCGAGAAUGAAGAGGAGCGAUUGAGGCAAUGGAAAUCAAAACGAAAACACUUCCUAAUUCUCUCAUCCGCUGGCAAACCGAUCUACAGCCGCCAUGGCGACGAUCAAUUGAUUUCCACAUCUAUCGGUGUUAUUCACACUAUCAUUUCAUUUUAUGAAGAUUCUCAAAACAAGUUGACCGGGUUUUCCGCUGCUGGGUCGCGAUUCGUCAUUUCUUCACAGGGAUCGCUAUAUCUUGUAGCCAUCAGUAAGCUAGGUGAGAAUGAUGUUCAGUUGCGCGCUCAGCUGGAUGCUUUGUACAUGCAAGUCCUUUCAACUUUAACCUUGCCAACCUUGAAUCACCUCUUCGUAAAUCGUCCGUCGACUGAUCUUCGUCGGCCUUUGAAAGGCACGGAGGUUCUCCUUUCUUCGCUUGCAGACAGUUUCACCCGUGGAUCACCACCGGCAUUGCUAUCUGCGUUAGAGUGUCUCACAUUGAAGAAGUUGCAACGACAGGCCAUCAAUGACGCACUUCUUCGCCACAAAUGUGAAUCACUCCUCUACGGUCUUAUCGUUGCUGGAGGUAGGCUGGUCAGCGUGGCUCGCCCGAGAAAGCAUUCCCUACACCCAAGCGAUCUGCAGCUCAUUUUCAACAUGCUGUUCGAGGCAGAUGGUAUCAAGGCCGGAGGGGGGGAGAAUUGGAUUCCCUUAUGUCUUCCUGCCUUCAAUAAGAACGGCUACUUAUACAUGUAUGUCAGCUUUGUCAGCGCUUCACAAGGAGACAAUGAAGAGAUCAAGAACGUCGAGGAAGUCUCCGACAUCAAAGAUACGAUCGCUGUGCUUCUGAUCAGUGCAAACAAAGAGAGCUUCUAUGAUCUACAGAACAUGCGAAAUCUCGUGGUUCAGGACCUCGAAAAGUCUGGCAGUAUGGAGAGUAUCAGAUCAGCAGUCCGAGCGGGCAGGCCAACUUCGACUGAUAUCGUUCCCGGCACGGUAGUCCGUCAUUUUCUCUACAAAUCACGAAGCAAUGUCCAGUACUUCAUGCCUUCCUACGAGCCAGAAUACACCACCUUAUUCGCUCGACGCAAGCUCCUGUCUCUCUACCACACCCUCCACGCCAACGUCCACGCAAAGAACUCGCACCUCAAAGUCCAGCACUGUAUCAGCCGAAGCUCGAUUUCCCUAGCUUGGGUUACACCUACAUUUGAACUCUACUGCGCUGCUGGUCCGAGCGCGAGUCGUAACGCGCUCACGCACAGUGCAAACAAAGUUGUUCAGUAUAUGCGACGUGAGGAGGAAAGGGUGUUUAUUAUUGGUGGCGCAGUUUUCUAA